ACACACACACAGUCUAGUCUUCCCCGCUCGGCCGUUUCGCAAAAGUCUACCUUACAAUAACUAUACAUAUACGAUUUAUAUAUAUUGUUAUAAUACAAGACGAGACCGUUGCCGACCCUCACCACCAGGGCAUCGUCAAUCGUCAUCAUCAUCAUCGACACCGCCGCCGCCGACACAACUGCUGUUGCUUGAGUCGCGCGUCUAGUCCGCGAGAGUUGUUACAAAGCGUYAUAGUGGUCUCGACAACUCUGGUUUUUUUUUCUUUUUUUUUUUCCAUCAUAUUUUCUUUGCUCCACGCCGUCGUGUCACSGACCAGUGACCAUUGACUGUCCUCAAAAAUCAUCUUUCCACCAUAAUUAUUUAUCUUCAMCUCUUAUUUUUACCCACUCCGAGUCCGCCGCCACCGCGGCGUCUUCGCGCGUUUGCGUGUGAGUGUAAAUCUGCGUGUGUGUGCGUGUGUAGCAGUACGCUUUUCGGCACCACACGCCGCCACCACCUCCGCUUAACACGGUAAAACGCGCGCCAACAUACGGACCGUGCGUCGGUGCCAAAACGACAUCGUCAACAACAAUAACAACAACAACAACAAUAGCAACAAAAACGACGUUGACGACGACAAGAACGACCUCGUCAACACGGACGGUAGCUUUUGCUUUUGAGCGCGCUGGCCCUUGCGCCAGUCAUGUCGGCCAGCGGACGUUGUUGAACGGAUCGACAGACGGCCGUCACCGCUCGCGCACUUCCAUUUGGCAGCACCUCCCCCCCGGAAGCAAGCUGAAUAUAAGACGUGUGCUUAGGCACAUUACAAAGUUAACAACAGGCGCAACAGUGGCUACCGCGGCAGCAAGCAAAUGUUUACACCACAACACCAACAGCUGUCGCCUAAUCGGGCGUCAAUCAACAUGCAGUCGCCACAAGCCAGUAACCUAUCGAGAGGUAUAUUUCAGAGAGGUGGGUUUGCGACCAACCCUGGAGCAGACAGGCGAAAUCAUAUGCCGGGUAUCGCAUCACUCAUGCAAGAAUGGAGUUCAACAUCAUUGGCGAAUAACGCAAUGAAUAACUAUGGUGGGUCAAGUUCUAGUAGCAGUCGAUCUACGUCUGGCUACAACUUGUCUUCCCAGCAUGGUUUUCAUUCGGCAUUUGGCAGCAACCAUGUUGACAAUGGCAAUGCGGCACCUCCUAUACUGGACCCGUCAGAGUUUCCUUCUCUCACCACUGGACGUAUAUCCGGCAGUGGGCAAGGAGACAAUGUCGGUGUUCUACAUUCCAGCACAAUGCCUGCAGGAAAACCUUAUGGUAAACAUUCACCAUUCAAAUCAUUUGAUCAGCUGUUUAGUAUGGGAAUGGUGAAAGCACCGACGUCUGAAACGAGUGAAUUUACAAUGAGUAGUAAAGACUUCCCUGCAUUGCCUGGUACGCAACCUCUCAGUGUUACAACUACCUCGUCUACGACAACGGAUCCAAAUCAACAGUCCUCAACAACAACUUCUGGCUCGACGACCAUUUCAUUAGAUCAGAAUGGAAUGCAAUCGUCUACUGACCAUCUGUCAGAUCAGAGACUGAACAACCUGAAUAGCCAAUCGGACAAUAAUUCUCAAGAAAAUGGAGAUUCGGGAACUAAAAAAGGAGUGCAAACAUCACCUGAUGGUAAAGUGACUAACAUACCUGGUAGUAUGGUACGUGAUCAAUUUGGAAUUGUUGGUCUAUUGACAUUUAUCAGGGCAGCAGAAUCGGAUCCCAACUUGGUAUCAUUGGCUCUUGGACAAGAUUUAACUGCACUAGGGCUGAACUUGAACUCACCUGAAAACAUUUACCCAACUUUUGCUGGUCCUUGGGCAGAUGCCCCAUGUCGACCGCAAGACGUUGAAUUCCAUGGACCUCCUGAGUAUAUUAUUAAYCAUGGAAUCAGGGAUAAGUUAGCGCAAGUUAAGUUGUCUAGGUAUAAAGAAGACCUGUUGUUCUACCUCUUUUAUACCAAUUAUGGCGAUGCGAUACAAUUGGCGGCGGCUAAUGAAUUGUACUCUCGAGACUGGCGUUAUCAUAUGGAAGAGCGCGUAUGGAUUACGCAAGCGCCUGGAUUGAGUUUAAUAGAAAAAACUAGUACAUAUGAACGGGGCACGUAUUAUGUGUUUGAUGCGCUCACGUGGCGCAAAGUGCCCAAGGAAUUUCUGUUGGAGUACAGCAAGUUGGAAGGUCGACCCACCGUACCAAAUGUGCCGCUCACCACCCCUAAUCUACUCUGACACAACGAGCACCGUCGGGGCGUAGACGCACUGCCAACAGCGACCGAACCUGACGUACACCAGCCCACGACGGUCGUUCUCAAUGCAGCCAUCGUCAACUCCUAAAAACCCUUUCUCACUCCCAGUAACCUCCAAGUAUAUAUGGAAUACCUACAGAACAAUACUUUCUGUCCCCUUUGCCCACAAUACACUCCUACGAAAUGAAAUAAAAAUUAUACAAGUAUUUAUAAUAACCGAUAGAUUUGCUGUCAUUUUUUUCUGGUGAAUACACUCCCACCAUAUUAAUUUAACAUUUAUUAUAAAUAAAACAAAAGUUAUUUAUAGUCAUUUUAUAAAAGAAACUUACGUACAAUUUUGUAAAGACAAAAUAAGCAAAGAUAAAAAAAAAAAAAUCAUUCUUCAUUUAU